AUGUCGGACAGUGCUCAUAGCGGAGCUGUUAGCCUCCCAGAUGUUAACCAAGGACCUAGAAUUAUCAUAGCCACUGCUAUCACCACUGUCGCCGCGUUAAUCACCGUCUUGGCUAGGUUCUACGUGCGCGUAUUCCUCAUUCGCAAUGUCGGAUGGGAUGAUUAUACAAUGGCCUUAACGAUGUUGCUGUCUGUCUGUGGCUUCGCCAUUAUCGUCCCCGAGGUGAAAUAUGGUGCCGGUAGACAUAUGGUCUACGUCCAAGACACGGCCGUAACGGCAAUGCAUUUGAACUACGCUACCCAGGGUAUUUACAUGUGGGCUAUUGGCCUGGUGAAGAUAUCAAUUGGCUUAUUUUUGCUUCGUUUCGCACCCCGGAAAGGAUAUAAGGUCUUCAUCUGGGUGGUCAUUGUCCUCAUGACACUUUACACUGCAAUCUGCUUCUUGGCGCGUAACUUAUACCCACAUUCGAUCGCGGGCAGCAACAUCCGAUCAAAUUGGGAUAGCUCGGUGAGGUCGAAGUGCUUUACUCCCACACAACUUCUGACUCUGAGCUAUACAAACACUGCACUGAAUAUUCUCACCGAUCUGAUCUUCGCAGUUCUACCGGUCUUCAUGCUACGUCAUCUUCAAGUCAAUCGCCGAGUGAAAGCCUCUCUAAUCUGCAUCUUGGGCCUGGGAAUAUUUGCCUGCGCAGCCGCCUUCGUCAAGCUCUCAAUCCUCCCCAACUACGGCCGAACCGGCGACUUCCUCUGGGAUUAUACGAACCUCACAAUCUGGGUCGUCACGGAAUGCAACACAGGUAUCAUGGCCGGCACCCUCCCAACCCUCAAACCACUCUUCAAGAGAUUCCUCGGCACAUACGGCUCGCAAUCAAAAACGAGCCGCGAGUACCCUGGCAGCAAAAAAUAUAAAAUGCACUCGAUGUCUCGAUCGAGGGGCGCACCGCUACAAUCCCGACAUAAAAGCGGUAAUCUCAGUAUCGCCGAGUACGACGCUGAGCCGAACAUUCAGCGCUCUCAGAUGGCUUCUACGACGGGCUCGGCGACGUAUGCUGGAAGUCGAGGAAGCAAUUCUAGUGAGGAGCGGAUAUUGCCUAUUCAGGGUGAUGGCAUCGUUCGUACGACUGAGGUCAUCGUUUCGCGUGAGCAGAAUCCCCCAGAGCUGCCGCCCAGUCCUCCCGCUGUUUCGAAGUUGAGUAGGAUGGGAUCGCUGAGUGGGUUGCGUGUCAAUGCGGAGGAUAGGGUUUAA